AUGGAGCAGCAACUAAAGCUGUCCAAAGGUGAUGGAGAGUUGCUUAAAGAUGCUAGGCAGUUUAGAAGAUUAAUUGGGAAGUUAUUGUACUUAACUUUGAGCAGACCAGAUAUAACCUAUUCAGUACAUAGGCUUAGCCAAUUCUUGGCACAACCAAGGGUUCCACAUAUGAAAGUAGCCACCAAGAUCCUUCAAUACCUCAAAGGCACACCUGGUCAAGGAGUAUUUUUCCCUGUAGAGUCAGAUUUGCAGCUAAAAACCUUCUGUGAUGCAAAUUGGGUAGGCAGCCCUGACACCAGGAAGUCCCUAAUUGGUUAUUGUGUUUUUUUAGGUGAUGCUCUAAUCUCUUGGAGGUCAAAGUACAUUGAAGCUGACUGCCAUAUAGUGAGGAAUAAGAUCUUGGAUGGCACACUUAAAACCUUCUAUGUAUCCACACGAAAUCAGUUAGCUGAUAUAUUUACAAAGGCACUUGGAGUUGAAAGUUUUAUGAGCAACAAGUAUGCAAGCAUGAAACUAGCACUAAAUGUCAGGGGGAGUUGCAGGGCAGUGUACAUCAGGGAGCAGCUCAGCAUGCAUCAUAGGAGCAGGGAAGCCUACAAUUGA